UUUGUGUAGGGAGCUGAAACUUAGAGUCACCAAACGACAGCCAAGACACCUUGAGGGUUUAGAGAUGAUCUGUAAAGAGAAGUGGACCAAAAUCCCUCCUGAGAUGUGUGCAAACCUUUUGACCAACUACAAAAAAAUGUCUUAACUCUGUGCUUGCCAACAAGGGUUUCUGUACCAAGUUCUAAGUCAUGUUUUGCUUGGGGAUCAAAUUUAAUUCAAACUGGUGGUAUUCUGUCUCUGUCCGUUUAAAAUAACCCUACCAUAACAAUGACAGAUCCUUCAUUUCUUUGUAAGUGGGCAAACUUACAAAAUCAGCAGGGGAUCAAAUAAAUAUUUUCCCCACAUGCCAUUUUUUGUAGGUAAAGCUUCAUAUCCAUGUUCAUACCAUUUUUAAAAGCAUUGAGCUUGAUCUCUCUCCUCACAGAGCGGGUGCCAUCCUGGAACUCUCUAUCCUCUUUCCAGUUCUCUACACCACCAGGGAGAAAGCCUGGGAUUUUGGAAGUGCAGCCUCGGCCCACGCUCCAGAGGAGCAGCAGCAUUGCAGAUGAUAUGGAAUCCGAGCUGGAACGAGAGAUAUCGCUCGUUCCAGUCACUCAUGUGUCUCAGUUGCGGGAUUCCCACCGAGCUGCCAUUCGUGUGAUCCAGAGAAUGUUCUACUUUGUAGCCAGAAAGAAUUUCCAGCAAGCACGUAAACCGUAUGAUGUGAGGGAUGUCAUUGAGCAGUAUUCACAGGGUCAUCUCAACCUCAUGGUGCGCAUCAAGGAGCUACAGAGAAGACUGGAUCAGUCCUUAGGGAAGCUGUCUUUCUUCCAGACAAGUUCAGAGCGCAUGAAAGACAAAGGCAUAAACACUAUUGGCUCCAGACUCAACAGGAUGGAAGAGAAGAUCACACACAUGGACAGGACACUGAACAGCAUCGCAGAAUCUCUUAACCUCAUGUUGGCAAGGGAGAGAAGGGAAGAUCUGGCCAGAGGGAAGGAACUGCGCAGCAGCUUCCACCGCCAAUCAGCCACCUUCACCCUCUCAAUGCCGAGCAGACAGGACAGCCUGACCAGCUCUGAGCAACUGUCCACAACAACUGUUAUUCAUGAGGACAGCUGAGAUGCUAAAGCAGCACUAAACCACAUAGCGCCUGAUACUGGGUCUGUUUCAGACGGAAUUCAUAUAAGAGAUCAGUUUUGUUCGGCUUCAGCAUAGGCUGAUCUUGACUAAUCCUGUUCAUCUUUAGACAGUUGAAUUUCUUUUGAAGCAACAAGAUGUGUACAUAUUUUUUGAAUACCAUUAAGUAUGAUUUUGAGUUUUUGUUUAUUCAGUUAUUUUCUUAUUAUCUUCUUAUAUAUAAACGGUUUUCCAUACUUUUUGUGAGUGUUUGACUACUUCUGCUCCACACUCUUAAAAAUAAGGGUUCUAAAAUGGGUUUUUGCAGUGAUGCCAAGAACUAAUGGGUUCCCAAAGGAACCUUUUCAUAGCGUGAAGAAUAUUUUAACUAUAUAGAAGUUUUUGUGCCAUGUAAAGUUUUCAUGGAUAGAUAUAGAUGCCAAUAAAGAACCUUUAUUUUUAGGAGUACACAUGUGAACAUUGUGACCUUUUUUUGGAGGGUUAUGAUUUUCUGAAUGUUUUUAAAUGAUUUCUGUUGACAGGAACAAAAUGUGUGCUCUUUGCUCUCGAUUAUGAAUCACUAAUAAGCUUUUAGAGGCACACAAAUUUGUAAAUACUGCUUAACUUCAGCAGCAUAAAAACUUAGCUCUGUCCUCUCAAUCAUGUUUUAUGUAUAUUCCUUCACCAAUAUGAAUGUACUAGUUUUUGUACAAAAAAAGAAAAAAGAAAUACUGUUUCCUAGAAACACUACUGAUUCAAUUCCCCAGUAAAAUCCAAACUAAUUUUUAUGAAGUACUUUGUCAAAACUGCAACAUUGACAAAAGUUCUAUCCUGAAUAAACAUCUUGAUUUUUUCUUUUU